CUUGUGAAACACCGCUGUAAGAAAAGAAAGGAAAGGCUUGCUUAUUUUACAGCACACUUGUCUGCAUUGUUGUUAAAAGACAUCCAGCAUUUCGUCGUUUCCUGCUUUCUCACAGCGGCUUGUGUCACUGUUUACCUGGCAACAGGCAACAACGCCAAAGUGAAGCUAGUUAGUUGACAGAAUGGAUGUUUGGUUCGGUUAAGCCAAAUAAGUUGCGUUGAACCUCCUUGAACUAGUUUGGUUUUCAGGCGGACUUUUAACCCACUCAUUUAUUUUAAAAAUAACAUCGCCUUCUUUCGUUCAACAACAUGCCUGCGAGGAGAGAUUCACACAGCCCGUCCGGGAAGAGUUUACCGGAGCGGGGGCUGCUCCUGCUGAUCGUGCUGGUUUUACUGCAGGGAUCCGUGCUUCCUCUCGGGGCUGCUAGCUCUCCCGAUACCACCCACAAUGACUACGUGGACAACCCCCAAGAGAAGGAGGAAAACUACACUAAAAAGGCAUUCCCUGUGCUCACCCUCAACUACCAAUACAUACAGGCCCCCUUUGAGAUCUCAUUAUGGAUCCUGCUGGCUUCCUUAAUGAAAUUAGGGUUCCACAUGAUACCUCGUCUGUCCAGCAUUGUGCCAGAGAGCUGCCUGUUGAUCACCGUGGGUCUGCUUGUGGGGGGGCUCAUCAAACUAGCUGGAGAAGACGUCCCCCCAGUGCUGGACUCCCGUUUGUUCUUCCUCUGCCUGCUGCCGCCCAUCAUCCUCGAUGCCGGCUACUUCCUGCCCAUCCGGCCCUUCAUGGAGAACCUGGGCACCAUCCUGAUGUUUGCGGUGGUGGGGACCCUGUGGAACGCCUUCUUCAUCGGGGGUCUGCUGUACGCCGUGUGUCAGAUCCAGCCGGCCAAUCCCUCCAUCCUUCACAAGAUCGAGCUGCUGCCCUGCCUGCUGUUCGGCUCCAUCAUCUCCGCUGUGGACCCUGUGGCCGUGCUGGCUGUGUUUGAGGAGAUCCACAUCAAUGAACUGUUGCACAUCCUGGUGUUUGGAGAAUCUCUGCUUAACGAUGCUGUCACUGUGGUGUUAUACCACCUGUUUGAGGAGUACACACGUGCCGGCACAGUCACGGUGCUGGACUGUUUCCUGGGAAUCAUCUCCUUCCUGGUGGUUUCCAUCGGAGGCGUUCUAGUUGGAGUCAUCUACGGGCUCCUGGCCGCCUUUACCUCCCGCUUCACCUCCCAUGUGCGGGUCAUAGAGCCACUUUUUGUCUUUGUGUACGCCUACAUGGCCUACCUGUCAGCUGAGGUGUUCCACCUCUCUGGCAUCAUGGCGUUAAUAGCAUGUGGAGCGACGAUGCGACCCUAUGUGGAAGCCAACAUUUCCCACAAAUCCCACACCACCGUCAAGUACUUCCUGAAAAUGUGGAGCAGCGUCAGCGAGACUCUUAUCUUCAUCUUCCUGGGAGUGGCCACGGUGGACGGACCUCACCACUGGAACUGGACCUUCGUCACCGUCACCGUUCUUCUGUGUCUGGUGUCUCGGGUCAUAGGUGUGGUUGGUCUGACCUAUGUGAUCAACAAGUUCCGCAUUGUCAAGCUGACGACCAAGGACCAGUUCAUCAUCGCCUACGGUGGCCUGCGAGGAGCCAUCGCCUUCUCCCUCGGCUUCCUGCUGAAAAAGAAUCUCUUCCCCAUGAGGGAGAUGUUCCUCACAGCCAUCAUCACCGUUGUCUUCUUCACCGUCUUUGUUCAGGGCAUGACCAUCCAACCCCUGGUGGAGCUGCUGGCGGUGAAGAAGAAACAGGAGGCCAAGCGGACCAUUAAUGAGGAAAUCCACACCCAGUUCCUGGACCACCUCCUGACUGGAAUUGAGGACAUUUGUGGACACUAUGGACACCACCACUGGAAGGACAAACUGAACCGCUUCAACAAGAAGUAUGUGAAGAAGUGCCUGAUUGCAGGCGAGCGCUCCAAGGAGCCACAGCUCAUCGCCUUCUACCACAAGAUGGAGUUCAAACAGGCCAUUGAGAUGGUGGAGAGCGGAGGAGGAUUCAAGUUGCCGUCUGCUAUGCCUUCCACUGUUUCCAUGCAGAACAUCCAGCCCAAGAAGCCUCCUCCUGCCAAGCCUGCUGAGAAAGCUCCGUCCCAGCUGACGAAAGGCCGAGAGGAGGAGAUCAGGAAAAUCCUCAGGAGCAACCUGCAGAGGACACGGUUGAGGCUGCGCUCCUACAACAGACACACUCUGGUGGCCGAUCCGUUCGAGGAUGGCUUCGAUGACUUACUCAUCAAGAAGCAGAAGAUGAUCGAGCUGGAGAAGAAGAUUAAAGACAUGAACAACUACCUGACGGUGCCUGCUGCCCCCCCCGACUCCCCCACCAUGUGUAGAGCCAGACUGUCCUCAGACCCUCAGUCUUACAGAGCCAAGCCGGAGUCGGACAGUGUGCCGACCUUCCAGGUGGACCUGGCCUCCCCUCAGUCUCCGGACUCCGUCAACGUGAUGGAUGAGUUCAGACGGGCCGGCCAGCAGCGGGGGGGGGAGAGGAGGGAGGAGGACCAGGGCCUGAUGAUGAGGCCUCACAAAACAGGUGAGGGAGCCGAUGGCAAAGAUCCUCAGAAGCUGACGAGGUGCCUCAGCGACCCCGGGCCCGGCGCCGACGAGGAGGAGGAGGACCAGCCCUUCCUGGCUUGAUCCAGCUGGAUGUGGAGGUGUCAGCCCCCCCAUCACUAAUCAGAGAGACGGCUGCUUCACUGCUCCAAAUAUUCUCUUUGGUUCAGAAACCAAUCAAGCCAAAACUGCUAACGCUGUACGGAAACCAGACACACAAAGCAAAAGGAGUCUGAGAAGAGCCAUUAGUUUGUUUUUAUCAUUGCUCUUUAUUUUUCUAAGACCGGAUGCGAACAGCUGCUAUCUGAGAGACGGUGGAGUUUAUGGUUGAUAGCCUGAGACAUUCAACAAAGAACUAUGCAUAACCAAAGGCUUGGACUGCUUUAGUGUCAGACAAUGUCGUUUUUACCUUUUAGUUUUACUUCCUUUUUAAUGACUGGAUAAGUGUUGGGUUUUUUGUUUGUUCGUGAUUUUUUUUUAAUUCUGUCUCUAUUUGAGACAUUCUGGGCAUCCAGGCCUACAUUUGAUAAACAAAGCAAACUGCUUCAUCCAAUCCUUUCAUUUCAAAUAUUGGGUUUAAGGUGCUUGUUUUAAUCCAACAUCUCACUGAAACUCUUCUUUGUUUCUGUCACUUGAAAUAGCUGGAUAUUCAAACUUGAAAUAGUAGCUAGGUUCAGAUAUUUUGCCUUACUUUAUGUAAAACCUUUCACUCGGUGCAUUUUAAACUUGCGUUCUAUUUAUUUCAGGGGUUCUGUUUGAAAUCACGUUUGUGUAGAUGUGUUCAGUCGUGCUUACAGACCUGCAGCCUUGUUUAUCGGCUGUGGAGCGAGUUGUCUGGAUGUGAGAAAUUCCUUACUCUUGUGUCAAGGAAUUUGCUUUUCCAACCGUAGAGUAAAGCUGCGUGUUUGGGAAGCUUGUGAGACAGAAAGUGAUGCAGCACGGAUGUUUUGAUGUCAUUGUUCAUGCUUGAUUCCCCUGGUCUUCUGAAAUGAAAUCCCAUGUUGUCAUCAUGUCACGUUUCGGUGUAGAUGUUUUACCUCCAUUUUAAACACCCUUUAAAACUCACUAAAGGUCGAGUUAUCAGUAGUAGAUGUCGCUCUUAAUAUAGAUGUAUAGAAUAAGUGUCCAUCUAACUUCACACUUCUUAUAUCUUAAACUAAUGCCUGGUUUUAUAAUUUCAAACUAAUUCAUAUUCACUUUCUUGCAAGCAUCUGUGCUCUCCAUCAUCUGUGCUCUCCAUCACUGCUCAGAUUGUUACACAAGUGAAGGGUAGCUUGUACAAUCCAUCCACACCUCUAAACCUCUUGAGAAUGUAGGCAUAUCCUGGCAAAAAAUGUCAUUCUAUGCAGUAAAGAUGUGUAAAAUAUAUAAAUGAAUUAUGAGAACCUAUAUUUAUGAAUUCCCUUUAAAACUAAAGUCUUGUAAUCUUGCACCACAUUGAGGCAAACCACUGCGAAAAUCCAAGCUAAAAUUCAACACGGGCAUUCAAAUACACAUUCUUAAAAACAGUUUGUAAGAGUUUUUGCAAGGAGAGUUAUCUGCAGGCAGGAAUACGUUAAUUAAUGUGUUGUACAGUGUGUCAAAUAUUGUAUCUUUUAUACACGGCUGCUCAGUGAAUUAGAGUAUCGUAUCAAUCGUAUGAGUUGUUGAUUCAUGUCCAAUUGAACGUCUUGUGUGUCACAGCCCAAAAAACUGACUGUAAACCCGACAAGUACUCCUUCAAUCCAAUCCAACUUUAUUUAUAUAGCUCAUUUAAAGACAACAGAGUUGACCAAAGUGAUGCACAUCAAUAUAUAUAUAAAAAAGCAGCAUAAAUACAUUUAGAUAAAAAAGAUAGGACAAAAAGAAACUAAUGUAAAAGCAAAAGACAAUAAAACCAUACUCAGAGUGAAAACCCUCAUUCAUGAUGUAAAAACAUUUUAAAACACAACAAUAUAGAAAACCCCAAUUUAGAAAACAUAGACUGAUACGUCUUCUGCAAAAGCACGGGAGAACAAGUAGGUCUUUUCACACAAUGAUUAUUAUAUAAAUUCAGUGCAGGAAGAGAGUAGUUCCUCCCUCCUACAGGCCAUCCAAAGAACUUCCUAAUGAAAGCAAACUUCAUCACUGAAACACAAUCCUUCUCACUGCUCCAGUGUUCUAUCUGUUAGCGACCAUUGAAACCAACCUGAUCCUCUUUCACCCUGAAGGCUCACAUUACAGCAGAGGGGAACGAGCAGAAACGUUUUGCUCUAUUCUUCUCUGAAGCAUCUGUUGCUAUGGUUCACUUAGCGAGGAUAAAUCCAGAUGUGCAGAUGUGAUGGGGGGGGGGGGGGUCAGAGCCUUAAGCAUCUAAUUUCCCUGUCUGGUACAAAUUGAAUUUACUGUCUGAAAUGUCAGCGCGUGUGUAGAAGUGCCGCAGUCGAGAUUGGCUCAAACAGAGAAGGGUUGUUUGAAAGCCAGAAGUGACAAGUUGAAUGACAUGCAACGCUUUCCCCCUCCAUCUUUAAAUCCUGCUUUUAUCGCUGCUUAAAGGACAGAGAUAUUUACACGCAGCGUAUGAUUUAUGCUUUCAUUUAUCCUCCCGCAGCUCAAAGCUCUGAUAACUCUUCCUCUCCGUCUGUGAGUGGUCGUUUAAUUUGCUGCUGGUAGGAAUAUUUCUAAAGUAUCGUCCAUUUGACUUCCAUUUAAAGUCAGUUUGUUGCCCAUUUCCCAAAAUACAUAUUGGGGGAUGUGAUCAAAUAUAAGGGGACAAACUCCUCUCUUUUGGAAUUAAAACAAUCCUCAAAACAACAGACAAUUAAAUCCCUGAAUACUUUACAUUAUUCCAAAGACUAUCAUUUCAAAAGAUUAACAGAAACACUAUUUCCAUACUAUUCUUUUUCAAACCAAAUGCAUCUCUUUGGGCAAACAUUCUCAAACCUCGUGGGGGAAUGUUUGGUUCAGGAAAUCUUUAAUCUGAAGCCAUACGGUACAGCCUGUAGAAGAACCUAUUGCAUUGUAUUCAUGUAUUAUAAUGUCAUAUUGCCUUUGUUUUGCUACACUGGAUGUCUCUCCACAGCGCUGAAAUGUUUUAAGUCUGGCACUUGUGUUCAUUGAAUGAUCCGAACUGAACUACACACACUGUUGCCUCACCAGCAUUCACUUCAGCUUUACGUUUUUCUAUACUGUGUGCUUCAUUUGUUUAACUGCUUUGUUGUUUAAUUCUUUUUGCUACACAUGGAUAUAUAUGUACUGUGUUUUUAUUGUCAAAUGCUUUAUCUGGACACAUGUGCAUUACAUCACUCCAUGUGAUUUACAAACGUUUUUAGGCUUAACUGUGGGUUUUGUUUGUUUAACUGUACUCAAAAUGCAUUUAUCACCCAAACUUUAAACUGUGGAGUUCAAAGAGGCAGCAUUUACAGCUAGUAAGACUUAGAUUGUUCCACUUGGAAAAGAAAGGUUAAGGCAUCCGCUACAAGCAGCUUGCAUGCAGACAACUCAGAAAGCCACACUGAGGUUCUUGCAUGUUUUUAGAUUUUUGUUUGUAUUGUUUUUCCCCAGGAAACCAUACAUUUCACUCAGCAGAGCAUAGCACAACAAAACUUGCUUCUGUUAUAGUAAAUAACUAGUAGAUAGAUUUACACUCUCACAUUUAAUACAAUCAUUGUGCCAUGUCCUACUGUAUGUACAUCAAAAUAAUGUUUUUUGGGCUGUUUCACCUGUUCGUACUAGAGAGAAAAGUGGGGUUCAAUUUCAAAAGUCUUCAUUCUGUUUGAAAAGGCAUUUUUAAGUCUAAGUGAACAUAUGAGGCUUCAGCAGUCUGAGUUUAACAAACCAAGCAGAUGUCCUUUAGUUAUCUUUGUGAGCAUUUUUUAAUCAAACCUUAUUUGUGACUUACACUGAAAAUGCUUCAGGAGGGGAUCUUUAAAGGAGGCAGUAUGAAAUGGAAAAUCAAUCGCUUCAACUGGAAACUGUUUUAAUGUACAUAUGGGCACGACACGUCAACAUUAUUUACAAAAAUAAUUUGGGAAAAACAUCGAUCCAAAACCCUAGCUACAAUUAUGUGUGCUCAGAAAACUGUUCUCACUAAUUUGGUUUUGCUCUGCUGACACAUGCAACAACUCCUUUCAGUACUGUAGGAUUUGACUGGCCUAGCAGUAAAAGGCAAACAAUUACAUUGCCAUUUGACCCUCUCCAGUUACAGGCAGUAAUUACAGUAUGACACACACACACACACACACACACACACACGUCAUCCCACAAUGACCCCACAGUGUCAUUACUCCACCCAAAGACUGUUUUCUUCCUUCCUUUACCUCUUCGUUCUCCACAUUUUCACACCACAACGAGCACUUUAACAAAGCUGGACCUUUAUCUCAAAACACCGAUGUUGAAGAGAGCAAUAAGUGGCUUUAAUGUAGUGUACACAUUGUGCAUGGUUAUUAUCAGGUGACACAUCACAGGGAAAAGGGAUGUAUUUCAUGAUGGGCCUGAUAAGCGGGUGUUUGGGGUUUUCAGUCCGAAAGCAGAGAAGCUAGGGUUUAAAUCCCAGUGAAUGCUAUGACUUAAAGGUGGGGUAGGUAAGUUUGAGAGACCGGCUCGAGAUACACUUUUUGUUAUAUUCCAUGGAAUGCUCUUAACAUCCCGAUAGCAAUGAAUAUAUUAAAAGCUUUGACAAUAAAUACAUAAAAAAACGUCAUCUGUGGAAGCCGUAGUACUGUAAAAAGCACGACCAAUCAUCUGAGGCGGCCCGGCUAAAAUAACUGGAUGGCCUACCUGCCUGUCAGCCUUCCAUCUGUGCACAAACUUAUCUGGUGCCCUCAUUGGUCAUGUGUGCGUUCGUGUGUGUUGGAGGAGGGGCUCUGUAAGGAAGUGGCAGAUUUUUUCCGGCUGUGUAUUUUCAAAUUCUAGCGCACUCGAGCUGGUUUCUCCAAAAUUACCCCACCUUUAAGAGUGGAUUAUAUUUCCCUUUAAUUCUUUGUCUGUUUUAUUCAUCUUCAUGUGUUUGAAUUAAUGUGUCAAUUUCAAUUGCAAUAAUUAAGAGGUUUUUAUUGUUUUAUAUACACAUAAAUGGGAAUAUAUAUAUAUAUAAAGAGAAAAAUGUAUUAGAAAUUAAUUAUAAUAAUGUACAAAUCUGAAUUUGAAAGUUAACACGUGUGCACUUUCUUGUUGAUUAAUCUAUAGCUUUCAGCAUUCCAUUCCUGUAAUGACCAGUGAACUAACAAGAGAAACAACGUCAUAAACUAUAUACCAAAUUAAAGUUUUACUUUAUAGCAA